AUGCAUGAUGGCAUACACACCCCCGUCCUGGACUGGCUGCAGUGGAUUCGAGGCCACCAGCAGGUCGAGCCCGAUCCGGAGAUGAACCACAGGAAGAGCUUCGCCAGCACCACCGAGAGCUCGGCUUCCGGAGCCAGCCAUACCAGGACUGCGAGCACAGCCAGCAGCGGCGUCUUCUCACCCAAGGCGGAUACAAACAAGGGGCUUUCAUGGCAGCUUCCGAUGAGUACGCCUAGUGUUACCCCCGAGAACAGACCCAAGACCGACCCCUUCAACUAUGUUCCUCUGCACCUAUUUAAGCCAGAAAGCAGUAAGGAUGAAGGUAGUUUAGGGUCGCCAGGUGGCGUCAGAAUUCCAUACCCUCGCUGA